UUCACAUACUCAUGUAAAUUUAAUACAAAUUAUUUGACAGGAGUGCAAGGCUGUGCGGGAUUGGAAACUUUGGUGGUGGAUCAUAAUAAAAUUCAAAUGAUUACAGAAGAGGAUUUUCACUCGGAAAAUAAUAUUAGAUCAUUUCUCUCAGAGUACAAUAAAAUAAAAUUUCUGAACUUUGUCAGACGUCUUUCAAAAAUUGAAAAGCUAUUUGUCUCUAACAACAAAUUGUCUGACAAGGAUCAGAUCAAGAACCUAGGCCAAUUAAAACGUCUGAAGGAAAUCACAAUACUCGGAAAUCCUCUUUGCAAAAGAACAAAUCAUUACAAGCUCGCUUUGCAAGCUCUGGUCACGUUGAGGCGUAUCGACGGUCAUUCAGUAAUGCCGAAAGACUAUUUAGACGAUGAAUAGUAUAUUUUAACGAUUACAAUUAUGUCUGUGCGAUAUUCUACGAGUGUAAUAUUAAGUCU